AUGAAAACAUAUUCUGGAGAGGUGUUGUUGUAAGCCUGUGUUCGCCCCAGGAUCUCUACCAGGGAGCUCCCCCGAUACCUCUCAAGCGAGCAGAAGCAUACGAGGCCUAUGAGUCAUGGCUUUUUCCGGCAAAACAAAGGUUGCACCCAGGUGAUAGCCUGCCACCAAACAGAGAUAUCAAUAGCAGUGUUCACUCCGAAGCUAAAGCGGCCACUUACCAGGCGACUCAAACACAGAGCCAUGCACCGCUCGAUCUCGACAUACUAGAGUCCCAUGACGAGCAAGAGAUGAAUGCCGAGCAGAUGUUAAUGCUGACUAACGAUCAGCAACCCAUGGCCCAGCACGAUCCUGAUUCCCCGCUAGUACCAGAGAUAGAUCAGAAGCUCGUCCGAAUGACAAGUUCCUUGGGCAUUUUCACUGGCAAGCUAACACUCAAGGCUGAAAUCGGAUUUUUAUGCCUCACAAAUAUUAAAGGCAAAUAUGUGUGCGCGAUGGCAGAACAUGUUCGAGAUCGAGGCAGAUCGUUGCGCAAGGCUAAGAUGAUCCUAGAUAAACACCGUUUUAGCUCUGAAGAUGUGAUUUUCACAAAUAUCCUUACUGGGGAGGGGGCAGAUGCAAAUUCCAUCGCCUACAUUUUCGACAAUGAAUCUGGGAAAAGAGUGUGGCGGGGCCAAGAACGUCGAUCAAUCUACGAGGUCUCCUGCUUUGCACGACUGAAGAACGGAGAGCAUUGCAGUUUCAUUAUAGAGAUUGACGCAAUGGACUUCUCAUAUGAAGUCUACCGGAACUGUGACGCAUCACGCUUCCUUGUGCAUUGCCCUGAACGCACGAAGGACAUUCAAGUCACGCUCUCGAAGGCUCAAGAUUUGCGUGAUACCUUUGGUGGGUUUGUGCAAGACCUCAUUGAUCGUAUGGAAGUCGUGUAAGUAACGUAUUUUGUUCAGGCCCCCUUUUAUUAUUUCACUAACUUUCCAAAUAGACCGCAGGAAUCUAGUGUACCUAUAUUGAAAUUCGCCAUUGUAGAUGCCUACCA